CCACUGGGAUCAAUAAAAACUUCUUGCAUCUGGGUGUUUUCGUACAUAAAUAAUUUAUAAAAGUGUCUGCUUUGUUCUAUUUCUGGAAUAACUAAAACAUACUAUUCAUUCUUAUUCUACAGGUGAGGAAAACUUAAUUCUUCUAGAUGGAAGACACGAAUUUCCGUUCAGCUUUCAGCUCCCUCAAGAACCUCUGGUGACCUCUUUUACUGGGAAGUAUGGCAGCAUCCAGUACUACGUGAAAGCAGUGCUGGAGAGGCCUGCUGUGCCUGACCAGAGUGUGCAGACAGAGCUGCAGAUCAUCAGCCAUAUCGAUGUCAGCUCACCAGCUCUCUUGACACCUGUUCUAAGAAGUCAGGAGAAGAUGGUUGGCUGUUGGUUUUUCACCUCUGGGCCAGUGUCUCUCAGUGCCAAAAUUGAGAGGAAGGGAUACUGUAAUGGGGAAGCCAUCCCAAUCUAUGCAGAAAUUGAGAACUGCUCUUCUCGUUUGAUUGUUCCAAAAGCUGCCAUUUUCCAAACACAAACUUACCUGGCCAGUGGGAAGACAAAAACCUUCCGUCAGAUGGUUGCCAAUGUCCGAGGAAACCACAUUGCCUCUGGGAGUACAGAUACCUGGAAUGGGAAAACUCUGAAAAUCCCACCUGUAUCCCCAUCUAUACUUGACUGCUGCAUUAUUAGAGUAGAAUAUUCUUUAGCUGUGUAUAUCCAUAUUCCUGGUGCUAAGAAAUUGAUGAUUGAAAUGCCUGUGGUGAUUGGCACUAUUCCAUGUAUUGGAUUUUCAAGCAGAAACUCCAGCAUUACCAGCCAGUUUAGUAUGGAUAUGAGUUGGCUGGCAUUGACCAUGCCUGAACACCCUGAAGCACCACCAAAUUAUGCUGAUGUAGUGUCUGAGGAAGAGUUUUCCAGACAUGUUCCUGCUUAUCCACCUCCCAUUGACUGUGAGGAACAGUUGUGUUGUCCUGUCUUUGCUUACAUACAAGAGUUCCGGUUUCAGCCUCCACCUCUUUAUUCAGAGAUUGAUCCACAUCCAACUGAUGUAGAAGAAGUUCAGCCCGUUUCAUUCAUGCUCUGAGGAUUUGUAAUGAGCAUCAUUGUGAUGAAUGUCUUAAUCUUUCUGCUGCUUAAGCUGGUAGUGCAGCUAAAAAGGAAACAGUUUUCUUUCUCCAAACUUCAGUCUGUGUAUGAGAAAGGUAAAGGAAAAUGGAGAAGGUGGUAUGAGCACGUUUGGUGAUAAAAGAGAACCUGCUGGAUUAGUCUGCACAGAGGAUAACAGGGGAGCAGCUGAGCUUGGGAUACUUGAGAAAUACCUGAAAAUACUGAAACAAAAAUGCAUCAGUGAAACACUGAAUGUUUUCCAAAAAGUGGAUACACUACACAAAGUACGAGGAGGAGAGGUGUGGAUCUUCUGAAGAGAAAAGAAUUUAUAUUUUGUUUGCAAUGCUCUGGAAGAAUGUAAUAGUGAUGUCAAGAACUCCUGUAGCAGAACAGAAUGUGGGGUAAGAAAACAUUUCCAAAAGAUUCCAGUGUUCAAGGGGCUUCAGCUUUGCACUGUCUGCAUCCAAAAAAGGAACACUUCUGCAACACAGAGCGAAGUCUUAACUUCAUGUGUGAUGGGAAGCUGCCCUUCCCACGACUGCCAAGUGGUACUAUUUCCUCAUUCAUCUUGAUCCUGAGGACACCGUGGAUGACAGAAUGGCUAUUAUGCAAUAUUACAGAGGCAACCAUUUCCUGAAUGCAAGACACAAGUGUGGAACAAACAGUGAACUUUGAGACGAGCUUAUGCACUAUGCUUUCUUUCAAGGGAUUUCUUAAGGGAAUUAUUCUAACCUCUUCUACUGUGAGUUCUUCUUCUGCAUCUUAAGCCUAUGGAUAGCAUGAUAAGGGGAAGCAUGGCAAGGGAGAAACCUUUUGCCAGCAGCAGGUAUACUCAGCAAAAUGGACAAUAUUUAUUUAUUCAAAAGCCUUUAUAAGCCUACCUCUGUUUUGGAUAUUUACUUAAGGUCAGAUUUGAGACCAAAAAAAGUCUUGUUAAAGCUCCAGUAUACUUCAAGGUUCUAAAAGGGACCCUAAAUGGUUUCUGUGGUUAGUGAAUGAGAUAUGAGGUGUAGGGAGAGGUGUAAAUAUACCCAGAAUAGACAUAGCUUAUAACUGAAGUGAAAGCAGACAUCAGGGGAACAUAGUCCUCUGGGAAUGGCACAAAGCUUUUCAUUACUCCUGCAUUUUUGUCUAAAGAUCUAUUGUCAGGGGCUGCACUGGUCAUUUGCUAUCCAUUCUGUAUUUGUCGGUGUGUUUCCUUGUUUGUUUUUGCUGUUUAAUUUUGUUUUGGUGCAAUAUUUUAAUGUUUUCUUCCUCAGGUCAUUUAGAACAGUGAGAGUUUGUUGCUGCUAAGAGUGAAGGCACAGCAUUUACUUGCCCUUCUGCUGCCUUCAUUUAAAAGUAGAAUGUUUGCUUCCUGCCAACCAUCAAUUGGGAUCAGUAAACAAUCACCAACAGAUCACUUACAGGAGCAGAAAACAGCAUUGUCAACAUGCAUGUUUACAGUCCUGUCUGAAAUACAGGGGAUUUUGGACUACUAGAAGUACUCCAUAUGUCUUACAGAAGGGUUUAGGGUUAAAACCCGGUGCUUCAUGUGGUAAAACAGUGUACUUUCUGAUAAUUACAAAAAUAGCAAUUCAGUUUCCUUCGUUCCAUCAAUAACUGCAGUUUAAACAAAGUCUAAAUGGUUUUGUAUGAAAUCUGUCUUCACUUAAGAAGCAGGGAUUUUUCUACAGGCAUACACAGAUAUAUAUUUUUAGUCUUCUUUUACAUUGUCUAAUUAACUUCCUUACAUUGUCUAAUUUCUAGCACUUCACCUCAAAUCUCUUUUGCAUCAGUGUGAAAGACAGACUGGUGGAGAUUUGCAUUUCCAAACUGCAGUUACUCCUUUCAUUUGCAACAUUUAGUAUUGUUUUCUAUAGCAAAUGCAGCUUUAACCAAAAUUUGAGUACAUGAUUUAGAAAGGACAUUCUAAAAAUGAUUAUUUAAGUCUCAAGGUGUAGCUCUCAUGCCUUUUUAUUUAAGUGAGGGCCUGCUCAUACAGUCAGUGCAGGAUUUUAAUUCACAUCUGGAAAGGGAACAAGCAUCUUUUCCUUAAACAGAUACCAUUAUAGCUACUUGAAAAGUCAUUUGGUUGUGUAAUAACUUGCAUGGUAAUAAUUCAAAAUAUUAGCUUAAAGAACAUUAGGUGCUUUUUGGACUGUAAUACCUGAUAGGUGAUGUGUGCUACCUGGUAUAAUCAUGGUCAAGCAAACAGCAGUAUGAAGGGUAAAGGUGUGCUUUUUUUUUUUUUUUUUUU